AAGGUUAUAUAAUUAUGUCAGCAGCUAGCAGAGAGUUCUAUCAGUGUGAUGAGAAUAGACGUGAGACAGAUUGAACCUAUUGAACCUAUUCAAAGCGAGGCGAUGACUAGAUGCAAAUCAUGUAACGGUGCAUGACCCUUCGGUCAGGUGAGACGACUCAUAGGGCCCUCACCUGUAGCAUCUAGUAUAAUAUAUAUGCUACCACACAUAAAGGUUUCAUAGUCCUCUGACUCAAGAACUGGUAUUCAUAACAUUUGAAAUCCAAGAUACUACUACUCUCAAGGUUCGAGACGAGAAAAUACUAUCUCUUGGCAAGAAGUUUCGCAACGAUGUCUGAUAUCAAAGACGUUCACUCUCCUCUCCUUAGCCCGGGCUCGAGGACUUCGGUUCCUCAGAUAAGCUCGCCCUCAGCACCCAAGUCAUCUAAGUCUCCCGUCUCGCCUCAGAAGCCAAGCAUAGCGAACCCAACGCCGACUGACCCUGCACCCAUAAAGACAAUCACCAACCUAUCUUGGGGGGCUCCUGCAGGCCUUGCUAUCCGCGGACCUAACGACGAGAACCUCGUUAUCUUUAGAAAGGCGUUAGGAAUAAACUAUGCCCGCGACACUAAUGAGAGCGGUACUCUCGAAGAGGGACGUAAUACCGCGGUUGGCAUAUAUAAAUCCGUGAUUCAAACUCAACAGAUAAAAUGUGUCCAGAACGCCCUUCUCACCGCGUUCCUCUACCUUUGCUACUUUGCUCAGAUCGUCAUCGGCGCGGCGCUGACUGCCAUCGGCCCAAAUUCUGGGCGAUACGAAGUUCUCAUCACUGUGCUCGGAGCUAUCAACACGGUCUUGGCUGGUAUCCUAGCUCUGAUCAAGGGAUCUGGACAGCCGCAGAGGCUGGAGAAGGACCGCGUAGGGUUUAGGAGGCUCCAGGACUGGAUCGAAGAGACAGAGGCGCUACUUGCUGUGGGUGUGAUUGGCCGAAAUAGGAAGGAGGUUGGUUUGCUAGUCGAGAGCGCCUUUAAGCGGUACAACGCAGCCAAGACGAACGUCGAGAACAACAGUCCCGAUUUUUACGUCAAUCAGCCGGAUUUUGGCGACGACAUGUCAGAUAAUGCCGGCAAACCACUACGGCAUAAUGGAAUUUGAUCUGGCAAACCUAAGCACAUAACUAUGCGGAUAGACACGGAUGUUGGCUCUUGGCCGAAUCUAGAGUCUUGUCAGACUACAAGGGGAGGUUGAGAAUAAGGGCGUUCCGGAUGACUAAGGACUUAGAUAGCUUACAUUAUUUAGACGCAAGUAACUAACGAUGGACGGUUGGCUUCCAGUUGUAUUUUUACACCUUCUUAAAAUUUCCAUGGGCAACUGUAUUGUCUAAUAGACGUCUCUAAAAUCUGAUGUUGGUUGUUACACGCGUACCUGCGUAACUGCAUGAUAUAUGCAGUUAGUCCGGGGUGGCUAGCUGUUUAGUUAUUGGUUUUUGGAUGUCGUCAGCGUGUAUGUUUAAGGGGAAAUAUAUUACUA